AUGUAACAUACUUUUUUUAAGGAAUUGCUGGAUUAAAUUCUUCACUAGGGUUUAAAAGGGCGUCUUCCUAAAAUACUUCUAAUGAUGAAAAUUAAUGGAGAUUUUUCGUCAUAUAUCAUAACCCUAAAUAAGUAAAGUUCAUGUAAUAAAUACCAUUUCAACAGCUUAAUUAAAUUAAGAGGAGGAGGAUGUGUUACAUCUGUGUAAGAAAGAAGCAUUGAUAAAGUAAUUUAAAAUGAACAAAGAAAUUUAGAGAUCUCAUUACCUGAUAACUUUUUAGAAGACCUCAAUAACUCAUUAAAGCUAAUAGUAGAGCAAUCUAAAUUCAUUGGGGAUAAUAAUUAAAGAAAUGCAGUACUUAUAAAAAUUCAAUGGUUUAUUUAUAAUAGAGAAUACUUGAAUUCUUUUUGUAUAGACAAAAAAGAAACUAGCAAAAUAUAUGAAUUAAUUUAAGAAAAUUUUUAAAGUUUAUUAACAGUCCUUACAACUUAUUUAAGAAGUUCUGGAUUUAUCUGUUAUUAAGUUUUAUAAACUUGUAAUGAAUUAUUAAGGAUUCUUUUUGCAUUCUAAUUAAGCAAUCCUAAAAGAUUCUUUGAAGAAACUGUUAAAUAGGAUUACUUAUAACACAUAGCAGAAUUCAACACUUAAUUAGAAAUUGAAUAAGCUAAUGUUUGGAAGACAGGUAUUGAAUUUGAGAUAACAAUGAUGAAAAUUAUGAUUAUGAAUUCAAAAUCUAAUUCUACUUAAGGAUCAGACCUAUUACUUAAUUUCUUUUAGGAAACAGCCAAAUCAAUUAUAUCAUUAUCACCUUCAGAAAAUCUACUUUAAAGUAUCAUAGAUGGUGGACAGUAUCUUUUAAAAAAAGGAAUAGAAAAAAAAUUAUAUCCAAAAGAAACUUAUUAAACAUAUUAUUUAUUUCAAUUAAUUAAAUGGUCAAUUAUCAGAUAAUUAAAGUCAAAAUAGUCAGUCUAUAAAUAAAUAUAAUUUUUGAAGGAUAUAUUUUAGUAAUAUAUAUCAGAUUCUAAUAAUUGGAUUCUUCAUUUUAUGUGA